GGAGAAGCAAGUCCACCCCACUGAGCAGGGAGCUAGACUGGGGGCUGGAUCCCUAGACCCCGGGAUCAGGGUCUGAGCCCACGGCAGACGGUUAUGACUGAGCCACCCAGGUGCCCCCUGUGUGCUAAGGUUUUAUGCACAUCAGAUCCACUGGGUGACCCCAGAAGUAGGGCCCAGAAGACUGUCCCCACUUUGUAGAAAUGGAGUCUCAGAUUCUCAGCACUGACGCAUUUACAGUCUCCUGCUGGACAAACCCGAACUGAGCGCCUACUGUAUACCAGGCCCAGCCCUAGGCUCUAGGCCUGAGAGGGUGGUUGUCAGUGAGGAGGGCGCCCUGACCUGGCCCCCAGGAGACCCCGCGUUUGGUCCCUCUGUCUGCGGGACAGCCCAGUGACAGCCUCAUGGGUAGUGUACAUGUUUUACAGAUGGGCCCAGACCAAGCCCCGAGUGGCAGGCAUGUGGCUCAGGGUCGGUCCCUCGGCUCAGUUCUGGGUCUCCGGACCCCCACCUUGGACUUGCUGUUUGCCCUGCAGCCAGCCCCACCCAGAUGAGGGCCACCCGCCGCCCCUCGAAGCUGUCCCAGUCCCCUGGAAGAGCGUGGGCCCCUGCAGAAGCCACAGGGAGUCCCCAGGAGGCCUGGCGGAGAGCCCUGGAGGGGAGGAGGCCCAAGGUGAGGAGGGCCCCGCGGCCGCCCAGCUGGACGUGUUGCGCCUGCGAAGCUCUUCCAUGGAGAUCCGGGAGAAGGGCUCCGAGUUCCUGAAGGACGAGCUGCACAAAGCCCAGAAGGAGCUGAAGCUGAAGGACGAGGAGUGCGAGCGGCUGUCCAAGGUGCGGGAGCAGCUGGAACAGGAGCUGGAGGAGCUGACUGCCAGCCUGUUCGAGGAAGCCCACAAGAUGGUGCGGGAAGCCAAUAUGAAGCAGGCGGCGUCGGAAAAGCAGCUGAAGGAGGCGCGGGGCAAGAUCGACAUGCUGCAGGCGGAGGUGACCGCCUUGAAGACGCUGGUCCUCACGUCCACACCAGCCUCCCCCAACCGCGAGCUUCACCCGCAGCUGCUCAGCCCCAGCAAGGCCGGACCCCGCAAGGGCCACUUACGUCAUAAGAGCACCAGCAGCACCCUCUGCCCUACUGUGUGCCCCGCGGCUGGACACACCAUCACCCCGGACAAGGAGGGCAAAGAGGUGGACACCACCCUGUUCGCAGAGUUCCAGGCCUGGCGGGAAUCACCCACCCUGGACAAGACCUGCCCCUUCCUCGAAAGGGUGUACCGGGAGGACGUGGGCCCCUGUCUGGACUUCACCAUGCAGGAGCUCUCGGCGCUGGUCCGGGCCGCCGUGGAGGACAACACGCUCACCAUUGAGCCCGUGGCUGCGCAGACACCGCCCACGGUGAAGGUGGCCAUGGUUGAGUGUGGCAGCACCAAUACCUGUGCCCUGAGCGGGCUGGCUCGUGCCUGUCGCCACCGAAUCCGGCUUGGGGACUCUGAGAGCCACUACUACAUCUCGCCAUCCUCCCGGGCCAGGAUCACCGCGGUGUGCAACUUCUUCACUUAUAUCCGCUAUAUCCAGCAAGGCCUGGUGCGGCAGGAAGCCGAGCCGAUGUUUUGGGAGAUCAUGAGGCUGCGGAAGGAGAUGUCGCUGGCCAAGCUCGGCUUCUUCCCCCAGGAGGCCUAGGGCAUGGUCCAGGGCCUAGAGGGGGGCUCUGAGCAGCAGCUGACACCUGCCUGGGAAGACAGGGUGCUGGAGCCGGCCCUGAGCCAGAAGCUGAACCAGAUGGACGAAUGGCCAGGCCGUGGACGCCUUGCUGAGCUAGUCCCAGACCUUCAUCCCGGGACAGACAGGACCUCGUGAGUGGACCCUUGUCUUCACAGACACCAGGAGACUUUCAAGAAAGCACCAAAGACCAAGGAGCUUGGACCUAUACUUGGGCUCAGCCCUUGGGCGGGGGCAUCUGGGGCAGGCCUGGGAGCUGCUGCUUGCAGGUGCCUUGUUGCUGCCACGUCCUCAGAAAGGGGCCUGACACCCACCUGGGUGGCCUGACCUCCAGGGUAUUCCUGCCCAACCCCCCCCCCCCACCCCC